AUGUCAUCACAAAUCCCAGAGAAGGAAGCUCGCUCUGGUCUCACUGGUGUAAUGCAGCUGUCACAGCGACUUCUCCUGCUGCAGUCACACAGACUGCUCCUGCUGCAGUCACACAGACUGCUCCUGCAGUCACAGCAGUCACAGCGACUUCUCCUGCAGCAGUCACACAGACUGCUCCUGCUGCAGUCACACAGACUGCUCCUGCUGCAGUCACACAGACUGCUCCUGCUGCAGUCACACAGACUGCUCCUGCUGCAGUCACACAGACUGCUCCUGCAGCACUCACACAGACUGCUCCUGCUGCACUCACACAGACUGCUCCUGCUGCAGUCACACAGACUGCUCCUGCUGCAGUCACACAGACUGCUCCUGCUGCAGUCACACAGACUGCUCCUGCUGCAGUCACACAGACUGCUCCUGCAGCAGUCACACAGACUGCUCCUGCUGCAGUCACAGCGACUUCUCCUGCUGCAGUCACACAGACUGCUCCUGCAGCAGUCACACAGACUGCUCCUGCUGCAGUCACACAGACUGCUCCUGCAGCAGUCACACAGACUGCUCCUGCAGCAGUCACACAGACUGCUCCUGCUGCAGUCACACAGACUGCUCCUGCUGCAGUCACACAGACUGCUCCUGCUGCAGUCACACAGACUGCUCCUGCAGCAGUCACACAGACUGCUCCUGCUGCACUCACACAGACUGCUCCUGCUGCAGUCACACAGACUGCUCCUGCUGCAGUCACACAGACUGCUCCUGCUGCAGUCACAGCGACUUCUCCUGCUGCAGUCACACAGACUGCUCCUGCAGCAGUCACACAGACUGCUCCUGCUGCAGUCACACAGACUGCUCCUGCAGCAGUCACACAGACUGCUCCUGCUGCACUCACACAGACUGCUCCUGCUGCAGUCACAGCGACUGCUCCUGCUGCAGUCACACAGACUGCUCCUGCUGCAGUCACAGCGACUGCUCCUGCUGCAGUCACACAGACUGCUCCUGCUGCAGUCACACAGACUGCUCCUGCAGCAGUCACACAGACUGCUCCUGCUGCAGUCACACAGACUGCUCCUGCUGCAGUCACAGCGACUUCUCCUGCUGCAGUCACACAGACUGCUCCUGCUGCAGUCACAGCGACUGCUCCUGCUGCAGUCACACAGACUGCUCCUGCAGCAGUCACACAGACUUCUCCUGCUGCAGUCACACAGACUGCUCCUGCUGCAGUCACACAGACUGCUCCUGCAGCAGUCACACAGACUGCUCCUGCUGCAGUCACACAGACUGCUCCUGCUGCAGUCACACAGACUGCUCCUGCAGCAGUCACACAGACUGCUCCUGCUGCAGUCACAGCGACUGCUCCUGCUGCAGUCACAGCGACUUCUCCUGCAGCAGUCACACAGACUGCUCCUGCUGCAGUCACACAGACUGCUCCUCAUCUGGGUUGACAGAGAAACUCUCUCUUCUUGA